CGGCGAGAGCGAGAGAGAGAGAGAGAGAGAGAGAGAGAGAGAGAGAGAGAGAGAGAGAGAGAGAGAGAGAGAGAGAGAGAGAGAGAGAGAGAGAGAGGACCCUCUGGCCCUUAGUCGUUGCUGGUCGCGGGGCUUAAAAGGGUAACCCUGUCAAUAUCGGGGGGAAAUCCAAAACCUUUGGAUUUGGUUUUCU